UUUACGGUCGGUGCUACCCAAGCGAGCGACAACUUGGCCAAUCUCUUCGCACCUCGACUUCCUCUCCCUGCUUUCGACAUGGAGAUGACCGAAGCACCCAGCUGUUCGGGCAUUGACGAGACUCCUUUCGGCGCACGCUCGGCUCCUCGUCGACUCGCAGAACCGGUACCUCGCCUCGGAUCGCCCUUCAUGGAAACGCCACCACCUAGUCGUCAGCACAACACCUUCCCUCGAAGCACUCUGCUGCCGACGACAAUGAACCACGAGCCUUUCCACCAGCGACUGGUAGAGCUUGUGGCCGAGCAUCAGAGCACCAAAGGUCAGCAGCAGCAGCAGCGAUAGAAAUGGUGACGACUUACUUGUGAUCUUCUGGAGUCUUGGGCAUUGC